GCGUGAGUUGUGGGUGAGGGAACCAUGUAGGUUUCUCAAACGUCGAGUUGCCUGGCGCCCCGGUCCUGAGAGUGGAACUGAGAGGGCAACAUGUCUAUCUGGAGCUGUGUGUGUCGCGGAAGGCUGCACUGAGAAAUUACAUACGAUUUGGUUUCAAGGAAUGGUUCACCAAUUGUUCGGUGCUGUUUUUUGGAUUAUCUAGAAUGUGGGAAGUUUUGUCUGUCCUGUGACCGAAUCGUGUAAGAAAACGACGUAUUCACAAACGCAAGUAAGAUUUCAUGCAUUGUUAUUUUAUCUAAUGAAGUGUGGAAGCCAUUCCAAACAUAGCUACACAUCCAUUCAUGUCAUUCAGGGUUUUGAAAAACAAAGUCGUUUGAACAAUCACUAAAACGGUUUUUAUCAUCUCUACACUCUACAUCAAAUAAUAAUCUAGCAGCAGACAUAACACUGUGGAAUGAAAGCGAAACAAUCCAAAACUUCACUUUUCACCGCGUAGCCAUCAUCCUCCCUCAACCACAGCUACUACAUCAACCGCCAUCAUUACCUCCGCCAGCGACAACAACGGUAACAGCUCACCAUCAUCCACCAUCCUCCCAUACCUCCAAAACCUCAUCUACUCCUUCACCGCCAAGUGUACGUCUGGCGUGGUCCCUGUGGUCAAAUCCAGAAUGUCUUUCUCCAACUUCAAGGACAGUUUCGGCUCCGGCAUGAACUACCUGCGCCGCCGCUUCUCCUCGGGAGAUCUCCAGGGGGAGGCAAGCGACAAUGACGACUCGCCCAAUGUGGGCGGACUCAACUUUCGGAAAGGCCCAAGUCCCAGCGCGCCAAACUCCCCGUCCAAAUCGGCGUCCUCGGCCAAUCUGGGACAACGCCUCUUCUCCUCCUCCUCGUCCUCCUCCGGCAAACCCUCCUAUAACAAAGAUCGCUGCAAGACGCUGCUGGUUAUCGAUGACCAACACACGGACUGGU